GCUGCGCUGCUGUUUGGAGCGUAGGAGCUUUUCACUUUUCAAAGUCGAUUUCUCUCCGGAUAAUCUCACAAGGCUAAAAUGGGCAAGCGCACGAAAAAAGUUGGCAUUUGCGGCAAGUACGGCACGCGCUACGGUUCGUCGCUCCGUAAGGUGGUCAAGAAGAUCGAAAUCUCGCAGCACGCCAAGUACAACUGCGUGUUCUGCGGUAAGGACUCGAUCAAGCGUAACGUGACGGGCAUCUGGGAGUGCCGCUCGUGCCACAAGACCAUCGCCGGUGGCGCCUACCUGCUGAACACGGCUUCGGCCGCUACGGUCCGCUCGACUCUGGCUCGUCUUCGCAAGAUCCGCGACGACGCCUCGGCUUAAAUUCGCGAAUCUGUGGACUAGGAACUGAGUGAGAUUGAGAGAACGGCCUGCCCUCGACGAGAGAAAAAGACGCGGUCGACCUGGUGGAGCACACUGCAGGACGCAUGCCUUGAUUUAUUAAUGAAGCAAAAGCGGAGGCCUUGCAUGCCACCAUUCGACCGACUCCAGUGCUAUUAUUGUUUUUAUU